AUGGAUCCAAGAAGACGGGACCCGCGCCUGCGCGGCGCGUACGGCCCCAGCGGCGGACAAGGCGGCUACAGCGGCCAGCCGCCAAACUACGGCGGCGGUGGUGGUGGUGGUGGUGGUGGUGAAUACAGACAAGGAGGGCCUGGAGCUCCUGGAGGAGUGCAAGGUGGGGUAUAUCCGCAGCAUGGUGGGCCACAAGGAGGAGACAGAUACAACCGCGGAUCGAACUCACCCUUCCCUCCGAGCGACCCGCGCCUGCGCGGCCAGACCUCGACACCGCCGUACGGCGAGUCCCGCGAUCCCCGGCGCGACCAGCGCGACCCGCGUGACCGCGACCCUCGCAGGAGAGGACCUCCCCCAAGUGGUCCACCAGAACGUGCUCCGGCGCCUGAGUACCGACCCACACCGCCUCAGACCGAGGUGGCGCGAACGAACGGCGCGGCAGGUGGGGCGGUGGUGGAGGACGAACCCAAGAUCCGGCAGCGGCCACUGUUCUGUGUUGUGUGCGCGAGUAAUAAUAAUCGGUCGAUGGAGGCGCACAAGGUGUUAAAUGAGGCAGGUCUGCGCGUUAUCUCGGCAGGCACAGGUUCCGCGGUGCGGUUGCCGGGCCCAGCGAUCGACAAGCCGAACGUUUACCGCUUCGGCACACCGUACGACUACAUCUACAAGGACCUCGACUCCAAGGACCCGAAGCUAUACACGGCCAACGGGCUGCUGCCGAUGCUGGACCGCAACCGCAAAGUCAAGCUCGCCCCAGAAAAGUGGCAGGAGCAGCGCGCGGUCCUCGCCGACGUUGUCAUCACCUGCGAGGAGCGGUGCUACGAUGCGGUCUGCGAGGACAUGCUCGCUCGUGGAGGCGAGUUCAACCGCCCGAUUCACAUCAUCAACGUUGAGAUCAAAGAUAAUCCCGAGGAGGCGCACAUUGCGGGCAAGUCGAUUCUCGAACUGUGUCAGAAGAUUGAAGAGGCGCGUGACCUGGACGCUCACAUCGAUGACAUCUUGGUAGCCCACUCUGACAAGCACCCACACGCACUGCUGCACACUGUCACAUUCUUCUGA